UUCCCAGAAGGCAAGGGCGCCCACCAUGUUUUCCCGUGCUCCUCUAGGCCAGUGGCCUCACGCACCGUCGGCGUCGGCGCUAUAGCAACGGCAGCUAGCGGCGGGCGAGCGCUGAGAUAGGCCAUGUCUGGCCCAAGUGAUGAGACUGCAGGAGACCUGCCUGUGAAAGAUGUAGGUCUAAGCCUCUUUGGAGUUGGAGGGUUACAAGAAACCUCAAUUGCACGGACCAUGAAGCCUCGCCAGGCAGUGUCACGUGUCAGUCAUGAGGAACUGGAAGACAGAUUUUUGCGUUUGCACGAUGAGAACACUUUACUUAAACAGCAUGCCCGCAAGCAAGAGGAUAAAAUUAAAAGAAUGGCCACCAAGUUAAUACGGCUAGUUAAUGACAAGAAAAGAUAUGAGCGGGUUGGUGGCGGCCCCAAGCGGCUAGGACGAGAUGUGGAAAUGGAAGAAAUGAUUGAGCAGCUGCAAGAAAAAGUUCAUGAGCUUGAAAGACAAAAUGAAGUCCUCAAAAACAGGCUCAUAUCAACCAAGCAACAACUUCAAAUCCAGGGACACAGGCAAACUCCAUACAGUCGUGUUCAGUCUCGUAUUAACACUGGCCGUAGAAAAACCAGUGAAAAUGCAGGCUUACAAGAAUGCCCCAGGAAAGGUAUAAGAUUCCAAGAUGUAGAUGAAGCAGAAACUGUACAGCCCAUGCUUACAAAAUAUGGCAGUAAUUUACUUGAAGAAGCCAGGGGAGAAAUAAGAAAUUUAGAAACUGUUAUUCAGUCACAGAGAGGGCAGAUUGAAGAGUUAGAGCAGUUGGCAGAGAUUCUGAAGACACAGUUGAGGAGAAAAGAAAAUGAAAUUGAGUUAUCUCUUCUUCAGCUUCGAGAACAGCAAGCUACAGAUCAAAGGUCAAAUAUUCGGGAAAAUGUAGAAAUGAUUAAGCUUCAUAAGCAACUAGUGGAGAAAAGUAAUGCUCUUUCAGUGAUGGAAGGAAAAUUUAUUCAGCUUCAAGAGAAGCAGAGAACUCUCAGGAUCAGCCAUGAUGCCUUGAUGGCAAAUGGAGAUGAACUAAAUAUGCAACUCAAAGAGCAGCGUUUAAAAUGCUGCAGCCUUGAGAAGCAGUUACAUUCUAUGACAUUCUCUGAAAGAAGAAUAGAGGAGCUGCAGGAUAGAAUUAAUGAUUUAGAAAAGGAACGAGAACUUUUAAAGGAAAACUAUGAUAAACUUUAUAACAGUGCCUUCGGUGCUGCCCAUGAAGAACAGUGGAAGUUAAAGGAGCAGCAGCUGAAAGUACAGAUUGCUCAGCUCGAGACUGCCUUAAAGUCCGAUUUAACAGACAAAACUGAAGUCCUUGACAGAUUAAAGACCGAAAGAGGACCCUUAAUAAACCAAAAUGAAAAACUCAUUCAAGAGAAUAGAGAACUACAAUUACAGUAUCUGGAACAAAAGCAACAGUUUGAUGAACUUACAAGCCGCAUGAAGUUUUUCAACCAGGAGAGUGAUAUUAAUGCUGAUGAACUAAGUGAAGCUCUCCUGCUUAUAAAGGCCCAAAAAGAACAAAAAAAUGGAGAUCUUUCAUUUUUAGAGAAAGUGGACAGUAAAAUCAAUAAAGAUCUAGAACGUUCCAUGAAAGAGCUUCAAGCAACUCAUGCAGAAACAGUUCAAGAACUUGAAAAGACAAGAAAUAUGCUAAUUAUGCAGCAUAAAAUUAAUAAAGAUUAUCAGAUGGAAGUUGAGGCAGUGACUCAGAAGAUGGAGAAUUUGCAGCAAGAUUAUGAACUCAAAGUAGAACAGUAUGUUCAUCUUCUUGAUAUCAGGGCUGCACGCAUCCAAAAGCUAGAAGCUCAACUAAAGGAUAUUGCCUAUGGCACCAAACAGUACAAAUUUAAACCAGAAAUCAUGCCAGAUGACUCUGUUGAUGAAUUUGAUGAAACCAUCCACCUAGAACGAGGAGAAAAUCUGUUUGAAAUCACUAUCAACAAAGUCACCUUUUCUUCUGAAGUUUUGCAGGCAUCUCGAGAGAAAGAGCCUGUCACUUUCUGUACCUAUGCUUUCUAUGAUUUUGAACUACAGACAACUCCCAUAGUGCGAGGUCUUCACCCAGAAUAUAACUUCACAUCUCAGUAUCUUGUCCAUGUAAAUGACUUUUUUUUACAAUAUAUUCAGAAGAACACCAUCACACUUGAACUCCACCAAGCUUACAGCACGGAUUAUGAGACAAUCGCAGCAUGUCAGUUGAGAUUCCAUGAAAUCCUGGAAAAAAGCGGUCGGAUAUUUUGCACAGCAAGUUUGGUUGGGACUAAAGGAGACAUUCCAAAUUUUGGCAUAAUAGAAUACUGGUUCCGAUUAAGAGUUCCCAUGGAUCAAGCAAUUCGACUUUAUAGAGAACGGGCAAAGGCAUUGGGAUACAUAACAUCAAAUUUUAAGAAACCAGAGAAAAUGCAAUGGUUAAGUCACCAAGCACCCAAAACUGCUGAACCCAAUUCAACAGAUUCCACAGAUGGCAACCUAAAUGAACUUCAUAUUACAGUAAGAUGUUGCAGCAACCUGCAAUCCCGAACAAGCCACCUGCAGCCACACGCAUAUGUUGUGUACAAGUUUUUUGAUUUUGCAGACCAUGAUACAGCCAUCAUUCCCAGUAGCAAUGAUCCACAGUUUGAUGACCAUAUGUGUUUCCCAGUGCCAAUGAAUAUGGAUUUGGAUCUAUACCUUAAGUCAGAGUCUCUGAGUUUUUAUGUUUUUGAUGAUAGUGAUACCCAGGAGAAUAUUUACAUAGGAAAAGUGAAUGUGCCCCUGAUUUCACUGGCACAUGACAGGUGUAUCUCAGGGAUAUUUGAGUUAACAGAUCAUCAAAAGCAUCCUGCAGGAACCAUCCAUGUUAUAUUGAAAUGGAAAUUUGCUUACCUUCCACCAAGCACAUCAAUAACUACUGAGGACUUAGGGAAUUUCACGUGUAGAGAAGAGCCAGAAGUUGUUCAGAGACUACCUCCAGCAUCCCCCGGUGUCACGCCAGCUGUAACACCAAAACCUAAACCAAGACAGCGUUUAACAAAACCUGUGGACAAAAAGGUUUCUUUUGUGGAUAUCAUGCCUCAUCAGAGUUCUGAGGCUUCUACUGCUCCAGAAGAUAGGAAGGAAAACGCCCCAGAAGUGGAGCACACUCCAGAGAUAGAAAUCAAUAUGCCAGCUGUUCCACAUACUUCCAGGGUUUCACAAGAAAACACAGUGACUAAGGUAGAAGAAAACACUGACAAAACACAAGGGAAAGAAGAUGACGCAUCCUUCCUAUCUGAAGGCCAGCUUGCGUCACAAAGCCUGGCUUCCUCUGAAGAUGAAACAGAAGUGACAGAAGAAUUGGAGCCAGAAGGUAGAUCCCAAAGGAUCAAACAGAUCAUCGGGUUUGGUGAUGAGGAAGAAAGAUCAGCUCCAGACAAUGAUGACUGUAUCAGUCCAGGUUCUCCCUCCAAGAAUAACAAACAACUAUCAGAAGAAAUUCGAAUUGAAAUCAUAGCUCUGAGCCUUAAUGAUUCUCGAAUAACCAUGGACAACACUAUCCAACAACUGUUCAUUGAGUGCCGAUUCUACAGUCUUCCUGCUGAAGAGACACCUGUGUCACUUCCAAAGCCCAAGAAUGGGCAGUGGGUCUACUAUAACUAUACCAAUGUGAUCUACUUGGAUAAAGAAAACAACCAAGUGGAGCGAGACAUCGUAAAAGCCAUACUGCAGAAGCGAGAGCUGCCUCACAGAAGUGUUCGCUUCACUGUGGUCAGUGACCCUCCCGAGGACGAGCAGGAUCUGGAAUGUGAGGAUAUCGGUGUUGCUCACGUUGACCUCGCUGACAUGUUUCAGAAAGGGAGAGACAUCGUUGAGCAAAAUAUCGACGUUUUUGAUGCCCGAGCAGAUGGUGACAGCAUUGGCAAGCUGAAGGUGACCGUGAAAGCUCUCCAUGCCCUCCGGUCUUUCUACGAGCAAUACAGAGAGGACUUGGAGGCUUGAAAGAAACUGUUCCAGAGGCAUCUCCUCCUUCUGAGAAGAUGCCCACAUAAAAGCCGAAGGGUUUUUGUGAUCACCCUGGCGUAUGUAAUCUAUAAUUCAUGGGGAACCAGAAGGGAACGCCUGGGUUUAGGCUUGAAAUGUUCAAAUUUUGUAUAGUUUUUCAUUGGUUUAUUUUCCUAUCCCCUCCUUCCCAUGACUGCCACCCCUUAGGACUUCAGUUCUCCUCAAUGGGUAGCACCUUCUCAAUAAUUUAUACCUACACGAUAGCAUGAAAAUGUCUACUUGCAUUUUCAACAUUUUCUUAUGAAGAACAGGGAUGUCAUUCCCCUUUUUAUUUUUCAUAAGCAAAAGCAUAAAUCAUAGGAAACCUAUGAAAAAGAAAUACUUUUAUGUUUUCCCUAAUCAUCCCACUAAAUGGAGUGCCUCUGAUUAGCCUCAUUAGGAUUUUUAUACUGUGAAGAUUUUAUUAGAAGCAAUAUAUGAAAAUUAUUUGGAUUAAUGUGUUAAUCUUCCUCUUUAAAAUGCUAAUACCCAUUUUAUGCACAUUAAAGGCUCAGUAUGCAUUUUCUUUGAUGCAUACAGUUUCUAUCAAUUAAAUAUAAAGGAGACUUGGCACCAACUUUCUAAACUACUCCAAGUUUUUUGUUUUUCAUUAAAAUUGUAAUUGUUCCCAUUUGUAUGAUACUCAUGUAUUUGUAAUGGUGAUAUGGGAUCCCUGGUUGUAUGCAUAUAAAGAAGACCAGAUGAUGACAGAUGAUAGAUAGAUGAUAGAUAGAAGAUAGAUAGAUAGAUAGAUAGAUAGAUGACUAGAUAGAUAGAUAGAUAGAUAGGCAGAUAGAUUCACACUUUUCAAAAACUUGUUAUGACAUAGAAAAAAUUAAAGUAGGACUCAAAUUCUGAAAUGUUUAGUUAAACAUGAAAAGAGAAUCCUUUAUCAUUUUUUUAAACUUACAUCAAGCUUGUACAAUGCUGGGAUGUAUCUGGAUAGCCAGAUCCUCAAAAAGCAGCUCAGAAAGUUAAUUUUCUAGCUGUUACCCAAUCUUGCUGAACGGUUUAAUUGAUAUUUUUAAUGGAGCUGUGAAUCAGUGCUGCAAAGGAAUUGUCUCUGGAGGUCUAGGAUAUUAUGCAUUUCAUUUUUUAAUUUACUUUUUUAUUUGUCAUUUUCUUCAAAGGAUUUUUAUAGGCUGUGGGUUUUCACUGUUUGCAAACAGGCUAUUCCUUCUUAAGCAUAUGUAAAGUAUUCAGGGAGAUAAGUAAUUUAUUAAAAUCUACCUAAUUUGCCGUGAUAUAUUAAAUCUCUGCUUCAGUGAUCACAGACCAUUUCAUUUAGAGAAUUAGGCAUUCCCUCUUUGUGUGAUUAAAGCUCUGGAAAAUGAGUUCUUUGCUCCUAUUUGUGAACAUUCAAAGCCUGCUAAUGGCAAGAAGAUGGAAUAGAUUAUGAGACAAUUCAUUACAGUUCAACAGGGGAAAAAAGCAGCUAUAAUGCAAAAAUGCAAGUAUGAAUAUCUGCAUAUAGUUUGAACCAUCUGUGCUCUACUGGCUUCAAUAAUGACUCUCAUCUUUAGGCAGCUUUGAAAUGACAUCCGUACAAUAUUAAUUUGUUGACGUACAUUGUGGGACCAGUGAAGGAUGAUCUGACCACAGAAUUCUAUAAAUUCUGUCUGUACCACUGGGCCUCCCUGUCCUGGGGCCUGCCAUCUCCAAGGGGAAUCUUACUCUCAUCAAACUCUGCAAAUCUUCGUAACAACUCAUUCCUCUGGAACCUUCUAGCAACCACAAACAUCUGCAGACAAAACCUCUCCAAUCCUAGUAAACAACCACAUGUUUGUUGUCACUUUAGCUGGCUCUGAGCUCAUCUUUUUGGCCUUUCUUUCUAGCUUUCUUUGGCUUUAUGCAGUUACAGUGUCAUUAAGGCCCAUAAUAUUCCCUGCAGUAAUUUAAAACAGCCAGAUUAUACCCUGGGAUUAACUGAGUGGUUUGUGAGACAUUUAUUGUGGUAUUCUCCCAGGAGGCUUGCAUUAUUGUUUUAAAAUGUUAUAUCCCAAACUAAAUAACCCUUUCUGCAAGGAGAAGAACAGGAUUGUGCUGACUUCUUAGGAUCUUUAAGUAGACAGAAGAAGUUUUAAUCAGAAAACUUCCACAAGCUAGUCAACUGUGUAGAAUCUAUUCCUCAAGUAAAAUUAGGGAUUUAGCCAGGUUUCUCUCACACUGUGUUUCCUAGCCUUCUUGCAAACUUUCCUAACACUCACUUCACACAUACUGGCUACUGACACAUUUUGAAGUGGGAAAGUCAUAAAAAGUGCUCUCCCUGAAGUCCAUUUGGGGUCUUUGUUUUGUCAUGUAUUAGUCAGAGUUCAUUGAAAAGUUCAUCUCCUUUUGGAUUAGAAAGCAAUCGUUUUUUUCUGUGAGCCAGCUUGGGCUAGUAAGGACGGCUGGGAUGUCGGGGCUGCCAGCCAUGCAGAUGUAGCCAUUGAAGGUGAAAGCUGUGUGAGCCUCCUGCUCUCUGUAACAGUGCACAGUACUCUCAGCACUUUGGGGGCUGUAGUGCUUUUAGUCUGGAAAUAUAAAUAGAGAUGUGAUGUGGCGUGUGGGAGAGUGUAUUUUACAUGUUUUUUUUUUGCCUACCAUAGUAGAAAUGUCAAAUUCCCAGCCACUGUCAUGAGAAGCAGUUGACAAAAAUAAGUUUUAUGGUUUACAGUGUGGUUUACAUAGAGAACAUUUCUCUUCACUCUCAGUUUCAACAUGUUUUCUAAAUUAUCAUGGUUUGUUGCCAUUUAACGUAAAUUAGUUUUUUUAAGAAUAAAUAGAGACUAUGUUUAAUCAAAUAAAGGAAG